AUGGAUUGUGAGAAGAAGCUUGGUGCAUGUUGGUUCGUGUCACCGUCGACAAAGCUCCUUCUUCUCAUGGUGCCGCUGGUUGCAGUGGCGGGACUCGUUGCGGUCGCCGCUCCGCGGAAGUCACCGGCCGGGGAUCUGGUAUCCGCGGACUCGUGGUUAUGGAGCUCCUCUCGCUCUUACUCCUCUCCCACUCGGACUCCAAUCCUGGAUGCCGCUUUGCAGAUUCCCGUUUUGCAUGUAGAGGCCGGUGGCGGCAGGAGAGGCAGCGGUGGGUCGACGGAGGGACCUCCAGCGCCGGGCCCUCCGCUGGUGGUGGUCGGAGUUCAGAAAAUGGAGAGGGCAGUCUCAGAUGAUUCUUUGGCCCCUGAGCCCUUUGCUUCUCCGCCACUUGCAGCUAAAAGGCCACCAAAUAACACGAAUAGCGCCACAAAGGAAGGUACCUCAGACUUUUCCGUAAAUGUCGCCCGCAAUAAUGUGCCCGCUUUUAAUGAGUCUUAUGGUUUUGUUGAGAAAGCGUGGCAAAAAAGGGUAGACACUGAUUUAGAGAGGCUAGAAGCGGGGCUAAGAAGAGCUAGAUCCGGGAUUAGAGAAGCUAAGACUGGGAACCCGAUGGAGGACCCAGACUAUGUCCCCGUAGGUCCAAUGUACAGGAAUGCCAAUGCCUUUCACAGGAGUUACCUAGAAAUGGAAAAGCAGUUUAAGAUAUUUGUUUACAAGGAGGGUGAUCCCCCUGUAUUCCACAACGGUCCUUGCAAGAGCAUAUAUGCUAUGGAAGGUAGUUUCAUCCACAUGGUCGAAAUAAACAAGCGAUUCCGCACUGAAGAUCCCCGCGAAGCACACGUCUUCUUCCUCCCUUUCAGUGUGGCGAUGAUGGUCCAGUUCGUGUAUGUACGGGAUUCGCAUGACUGCGGCCCCAUAAAGCGAACCGUGAUUGACUACAUCGAUGUCGUGGCGGGCAAGUACCCAUAUUGGAAUCGCAGCUUGGGCGCUGAUCAUUUUAUGCUGGCCUGUCAUGACUGGGGGCCAGAGGCUUCCUUCGCUGUUCCACAUCUUCACAGGAACUCGAUCAGAGUCUUGUGUAAUGCAAAUACCUCCGAAGGCUUCGACCCGUCCAAGGAUGUCUCGUUUCCAGAAGUAAAUCUCCACACCGGCGCGAUAAGUGGCCUAAUUGGGGGGCCAUCGCCGUCGCACCGCUCAAUAUUGGCAUUCUUUGCCGGCGGGCUUCACGGGCCCAUCAGGCCUAUUCUCCUUCAGCACUGGGAAAACAAGGACGAGGACGUGAAGGUCCAUCGGUACCUCCCUCGAGGCGUGUCUUACUACGACACGAUGAGAAGGAGCAAGUUCUGCAUUUGCCCGAGUGGCUACGAGGUUGCGAGCCCGAGAGUGGUGGAGGCUAUCUACACGGGAUGUGUGCCAGUGCUGAUCUCAGACCACUACGUGCCCCCGUUCAGCGACGUCUUGAACUGGAGGUCGUUCUCGGUCGAGGUUACUGUGAAGGAGAUCCCGAAUCUGAAGACGAUACUCGCUAGCAUCUCGUCAAGGCAGUACAUAAGGAUGCAGAGGAGGGUCGCGCAGGUCCGACGGCAUUUCGAGGUUCACUCUCCGCCCAAGAGAUAUGAUGUGUUUCACAUGAUACUUCAUUCCGUGUGGCUUAGGCGACUGAAUGUUGGAUUGAGCGACAAUCAGUGA